AUGCACACCAAGAACGCGCACUGUACGUGGUACCCCCGUACAACCAUUGCAAGCCUCCGCCCCUCUAUCGAACGUUCCGAAGUGAGUCUCGACCAUAAAAACAAAGCGGGAUUUGGCGUCUUCGACUACCGGAAAGAGUCAGAUUUUUCAUAUGGCUUUUCUGAGAGCCCGACUUUCGGGAACCAAAUGGUUCCAUCUGAGGGUUCCACCGGCUCGGAAUCGUGGACGAGGGUCCUGGGGGAGUCAAAUUAUGAAACCUUGUUCGUAAUUCCCUUCACCGAUAAGUCGACUUUUUGUUCAGACAGAAGCCCUAAAGGUCCAAGGGAUAGAAGCGGAGGGGGGAAUUUGCCGGGACGAAAACAAGACCAGAACUCGACCAUCCUUUACUACUCAUCCUACUGGAGGCCAGGGAGGGGGGCACGCCAAGGUGCUAUAUCCCAGCCAAAGUUUUAUCAAUUCCAACAAGUUUUGCUUUUGAAUUGGAAAUUUGCUCAAAUUGGAUCCAACGAACGAAACGAAGCGAAGCCGAAGCUGGAAAGAUAG